AUGGAGGUGCUGCUGGGCAGCGGCUUGAGCCAUGGCGCGGCCUUCGCGCUGGUGCUGGUGACCUCGCUCUAUGCCUGGCAGCUCUGCUUGAUGAUCUUGUUGGCCUGGUUGGUGGUGACUAUGGGCAUUGCAGCGAAUCUGGAGAGGUCCAAACUCCGACAGGUGCACUGGCUCCUGGCUGCGCUGGAGAUCUUUGCUGCGGGUACUCUGCUGAGCGUGAAUGCCUUUGGAUCAGCGGCCCCUUCGCAGCUGGUGCUCAGCAAUGCUGAGCUGGGAUUGGAUAGCUUUCGAUUGGAGGAUGCAGUGCUUUUCAGGUCCGGCGACGAGGUGAAGAUCGCCUUUUUCUCUGCCUCAGAGGUCUCAGUCUCUGAGCUCUCCUUGGUGGAGGGUCGCUCCUUCACAAGCUUCAGGCAGCAGGUGGUCUUUGUGGCCAAGGACGCCUGCGGCCAGGAACAGCUGUGGUCCGUGUCCAACGUGUCCAACGUGUCCAGCACUGCUGUUCUGCAUCAGACCUUGGAUCCGCGGCUGAGGCUGGAAGCUCUGGCCGUGGAGAAUGACACCCUCUACCUGAAAGCGUCUAUGCCCUGCCAAGUGGGGGAACCCACGUGGCAAAGUGCCAGUGAUCUCGACCUCUCUGGCCAAUGUCUAGUGUCCAGAGGGACCUUAGUCGCUGAGCUAUUUCUGGCAGUGCUCCCAACCGUGCUUCUAUCCGCUGGCUUGUGUUGUCGAAGCCCGAGCCUUUUUACAACACUAUUUCUAGGGAUCUACAGCAUGGUGGUGGUCAUCCGGCUGCUGAUUGAUGCUAAUUCAUCUGCCUUGCAUGAAUUCAUCUUCACUUCUCUACUGAUCUAUAGCACUUUAGCUUAUGGCCUGUUGAUCACCUGGCACUUGCUCCAGCCACGAAGUUGCGAAGAUUGGGAGGACCUAAAGACUUGGGCCUUCGCAGUGGUCCCUUUGAGCUUCUCCUUUUCCCUUCAGCUGCGGCUGGGGCUUCCAGAAGAUCUCCACCUUUGGCGUUGGAUCGUCUUCGCUUCCCUGGGCUUCCUCCAACUCCUGCUGGCGCAGCUCACUGGCCGACGUUGGCCACGGCUCCUCGGCCUGAUCCAGCUGCUCCUGUCCCUGCACCAACUCCUGGGCGCCACGGUGCGACCGCACCUGGGCGAGGGAGUGCUGCGAGCGCUACAGUGGGCGUUGCUGGGCCUCUUCGGUGGCUUUCUGGUGGUGCUCGGGGAGGCGGACCCACCCGGCCACGCCCCGGUGGCCGCGCGGAGCGCGCGGAGCGCCACGCCGGAGGAGGAAAGUAAAGUGCAUCCGGAGAUCGUGAAGACCAAGGAGGUGGAUCCACCGGAGGUGGAGGACCCCCCUCCAGGGGCUCCGGAGGCGGCCAUGGAGGCCUUUGCACAGCUGGCGGCUCAAGCCUUGGGGCAGCAUGCUGGUCUGCCAGAGCAUCAGAGGCAAGCGUACGAGAAAACGCAGCAGUUGCGGCAAAAGUUGGAAGCUCAGCCAGCGGACCGCGUCGCGGGGCCUAACGUCGCCGAUGUCAUGGCUUUGGAAGAAGACUCGGACGCUGUUGAAUCGAUGGAGGAGGUCUAG